CACUGGUGGAGCUGAAUCCCCGUGUGUAUGGUGUACAUGAUGUAACUGUUGAUAGAUUGGUGCACCAUUUAUUUCGGGAGCAAUAUGUCAGCGGAGGAAGUCCGCGCGCUCGAGGAGGUGCUGGAGCAGAAGGACCAGCAGUGGGAGGAGUUAUUCCAGCAGUUUGAAAACUUCAAGGCCCAGGAGGAGCUGAAAAGCAAGGAGUACCAGCGUCUCACGGUGGACUACGAGCAGCGUCUGGAGGCCGCGGUAGAGGACGCAGCCAGGCUACGGUUGGAGAAUCAGCAGCUGAAAACCAAGUCGGAGGGUAUGCGAUAAACCAUCAAGUCUGCGUCUGGGUCUGCCCCCCACGGAUGGUGGGCGUCUCGUCGGCACCAUGUUGAAAGUGGUGCCGACGGGAAGGUCCACAUGCUAUUCGCAUUUUUGGGUCAACAUGUCUGAGUGCAAUGAAACGGUAAUAAAAGGCAACUGACGGGAUGUGGAGAUAAAGUGAUUCACUGCCAUUUUUUUUUGAUAAAUUGUCCAUUUGAUCUUGUAAAAAGCGCAGGACUCUUCUUUUCCAAUUCCACGCGUUCGCGUCUUUCUUCGCUCGCGAUUGUGCUAUACUUAGACACGACAUUCAUUGGUGGCAACUAGUUGUCACCAGUGUAACAGACGUAGAUCAUCAUUCUCCUGCGGGCGGACCGGGGGGAGACGAUGACAAAUUUUUCACGGUACUGAAGAGUUGCAGGAAGAGAACAAAAAGUCCCAGAUCGCGCGCCAACAGGCGGUUCUGGAAAAGGACUUGCAACUGGAGGUGGUGCAGAAGGACCUGCAGGGAAAAAAGAAGGCCCUCGCGGAGUUGCAGGGCAAGUUGGCGCAGAUCGAGCAGGAGCUGGAGGCACGGAUGGCGAUCGAGCGACAACGGCAAGAGGAGAUCGAGCAGAACCAAACGCUGCAACAGAAACGCAGGUACUGGACGGAGAUCUUGGCGGACCCGCGGCGGCACGCGCGGCUGCUGGAGGAGCUCACGGACCUCGAUUCCCGCUUGAGUUUGACGAACAAGAAGCUGAAUUCUUUGAGACACAGGCUACGCGGAACAGCGGGUGGUACAGCACCAGGUAGUUCUUCCUGCAACACAACAAUUCUCGGUGCCAGCGUCCUUCUUGCGGGUUCUUCAGAUGUGGACCCGGCCUUGGGCGGCGCGAGGGAAGUGAUGUGCACCAACUCCGGCGCACAAGAGAACGGAGGCCGGCACACGGACGCCCGCCAGCACAUCGGACAAGAAGAGGGAGAGGCGAAGCCUUCAUCCCCAACCAGCCGACAAAAGCAAGAGCCACAGUGUCCGGUAACUAUUACACCGAGCGAUUCGCUUUCGCAAUUGCAGCCCGACAAAAGGAAGACGACCAGGCGAACGCUGCUUCAGUCCGAAAGGAUUGACGUGAACAACGUGAGUGCAGGCGAAAUCCACACCAGUUCUUGUCGUGUAGCACCCACGAUUGCAUCUUCAGUGGGUGUCGUAAGCGAAAGCGCCGCGAGAAGGACAAAACUCGAAGUUCGCGAGGGAGGUGGUCACGUCUUCAGAGGUGAUGAGGCGAACGCGAUGUCAGGUGGCACAUCUUGUUCACAGGAGCGGAUACAAAAAGACGCACUAGUAUCUAUUUCUGGGUGCACGACGUCGACCUCGGCAUCCGUGCCGAAGCGCGAAACGACAAUGGGAACAACAACAAAUCCCGCCGUGUUUCGCACGCCUGGCUCCGGCUCAGCCGCUGCUGCUCCGCGGCGGGCUGCUGGUGACCCCAGCACGGCUGCGAAAUUUGCGGUUCAGCCGAUCGGCACGGCAGCACGACCCGUUGCAGCUCCCGUGCUGAAGAAGUUUGGUGCAAGUAGAAUGCAGCAACCGGGUUAUUUGUUUCGAGAGCUGGAAAGCAAGCAGGUUGAGGAUGUCGACAUCGAUUUUGUAAAGCGCCGGAUCGCGGAGCUAUGAUCCUGACGCGGUUCGAGGCGUGCAUCACUUUCACUACCUACACCAGCAUGGGCACUUCUUGUAAAAAAACCCCUCAGGUUCUUCAUAGCUGUGUAAAGAGCCCUUGCCG